AUGGCGUGGCUCUCUGUUGCUGCUCUGCCGCCAGGGAUUUCUUCUGACUUCUUCUUUCUAGCUGUCAACGCCCGCAUGCGUGCGGGCCUGCAGCAGCAGCAGCAGCAGCAGCAGCAGCGACAGCAACAACAGCAGCAGCAGCAACAGCAGCAGCAGCAACCGACGGGGGAGCGGGAAGCGCAGCAACAGCAAGGCAAGCAGCAGCAGCCGGAGGAGCACGAGAAGGACCAGCAGCAACCGCCACAGGAACCACAGUCGCAGCAGCAGCAGCAGCAGCAGCAACAGAGCCUAAGCUUGCUUGCCGAUGUGCUGCACCCUUUUAGCCAUGACUCCCUGAGGGGGCAAAUGCCCUUUCUUAGAGACCGAGCCCUUCUUGAGUUCAUCAGCAGCAAACUUGCUGCUGCACCAAAUACUCCCCGAGACAUUCUAGUGAAGCUUUUGCAUGUAUACACUGGAAUACCUGAGGCCCGCGACUUGCUGGGCGUCUUGCUGAGUCGAAUCGACGUUUCCUUUCAGCAGCUUCCGGACUCCCGAGCAGCAGCAACAGCAGUAGCAACAGCAGCAGCAGCAGCAGCAGCAGCAACACCAGCAGCAAGUUGCGGUGCGUGCUUCUCAGUUGUUGCCGACGUUAGUUCUGCUGCUGGGGGCCUGCCACCCCGCAGCGCAGCAGCAGCAGCAGCAAAAGACAAUUUGAUUGCAGCAGCAGCAAAGCUGCAUCCCCAAGCUCUUGCCGAAGCAACGGUUGCCUUGGCAGGGCAUAUGGGUGCAGAAGAGCUGCUGAGGCUUUCUGAAUUGCUGCAGCCAGCUGUGGGGUCGCUGCAGCAGCAGCAGCAGCUCUCGCUGCUGCUGCUGUACAACGAAAGAUGUGUAGCUGCUAGGUCCUUGCUGCGGUCUUUAGAAGAACGUCUUCUGCGGAAAGGGGCUUCGUUGGGGGGCCGAUUGCUGCCGCUUCUUGCUGUUGCCUGCUGCAGCAGCAACAGCAGCAGCAGCGCAGUGCUGCAGCAGCUGCACUCCGCCCUGUGCGAUGCGCUCCGCAGCAACUCCAUUUCCAUCGAAGGGGCAGUGGAGUGCGUUGUAUCUCUUUCUGUGGCUGGCUGGCCCUGCGAAGCUGCGCUAUCUCUUCUGAAUUUGCCGGAGACUCUUUUGCUGCUGGACGCUGCUGCUGUUGCUGCUGUUGCCUGGGCUGCUGCAGCGCAGCACGUCAAAGAGAAGCACAUCUGGACAGCUCUUGCUGCGGCGUCAGUCAACGCUUCCGCUGCUGCUGCUGCUGCUGCUGCUCCUGUUUCAAGCCAUGUGCUGCUUUUUGUCAGCGGUGCUGCUGCUGCUGCUGCUGCCAUAUCUUAG